CGACUUGCUGAGCUGCUAGAAGAGACGAGGCGAAUCCAAUUCGACGUCAUCGGAUUGUGUGAAACCAAACGAGCAGCCGAAGCACACUUGAUACAUCAGGACGGUACCGGUGUCUUCUUAGGCAAACAGAAUGAAAGUUCUGUAUCCGGAGGGGUCGGCUUCAUAGUUCGAAGCACCCUCCUUCCCAAAAUCGUAGAAGUACGAUUUCUCAGUCACCGCAUCGGCUUACUCACCUUCAAAGUGAGCCGAAAAUUCAACUGCACGGUGAUUCAAGUCUAUGCUCCAACUGCGGACUCAGACCUUGAGGAAAUCUGCGACUUCUACGACAGUGUUGAAGACGUCUUCAAAGAGUGCCGAAGCAAGUAUAAACUUGUUAUCGGCGACUUCAACGCUCGAAUGUGAUGCAGACAAAACAACGAAAGGUACAUUGGCCCCCAUGCCAUGGAACCAAGAAAUGAUACUGGAGAGCUUCUCGCAACAUUUUGUGAAACCAACCGUCUGUGGCACACGAACUCUAUGUUCAAAAAGCCUAUGCACAAACGGUGGACUUUCGUCAGUCCCGACGGGAAUCACAGACACGAAAUUGACCACAUUCUGGCCAAUGGAAAGUUUGUCACAGAUACCACUGUACUCCCCUCUUUCACAAAUGGUAGCGACCAUAGGUUACUCCGCUGUAACCUCCACUUCAACAAUUGCCUAGCAAAGUUGGAGCAGGUCAGACGGAGAAAACCUCCGAAAAGAGUGUUGGACCCGGCGAUUGCUUAUGCAAUCUCAGCGACAGUCACGGUUCAGAGUGAUCCUGAUUUAGAUAUCGACUAUGAUAAUCUGAUUCAGUCACUAAAAGAACUCCAAGACCAAGCUAUCGUUCGACCGGCCAAACACUCAUCCAACAGACUUUCGGAGGAAACCCGAAAACUGCUGAACAAAAGACGUUUUAUGGAUAGAAAUGAUCCUCAAUUCAAAUCUAUUUCAGACAAAUGUCGUGAAGCAGUCCAGAAAGACCAUGAAGCUUUUGCCAGUACUCGCCUUCUAUCUGCUGCGAACCAGAAAAAGAGUUUGAAAAGAGUUGCUAGGGACAUCAACGAAUAUAAGUCAGUUAUCCCAUGCCUCAAAUCAACCUCUACUGGUGAAAGAAUCACUUCCAGGGUGAAAAUGGAGCAGGAGAUUGAGAAGUUCUACACGGAGCUCUUCAAAAGCGCUGUGAGCAACUCUCAAACAUCUUCAAUACCCGCCAUGGCAACUCCACCGCCGUUUCUCCCGGAAGAAAUUCGUCAUGUUCUCCGUUCCUUCCCGAAUGGUAAAGCUGCAGGCCAAGACAAAAUCAGUGCAGAUUUCUUGAAAUCUUGCCACGAUAACGUCAUUGACCUGAUAACGGAUCGAUUCAACAGGUACCUCCACAGCAGAAAUGUACCAAAACCCUGGAAAACCUCCAAAACCACUCUCAUCUUCAAGAAAGGUGACCGUGAGAAUUUGGAAAACUAUAGGCCCAUCUGCCUACUACCCGUACUCUACAAAGUAUUCACUAAGUGUCUGCUGAAUAGAAUGCGAAGACCCCUUGAUGAGGCUCAACCUGUCGAGCAGGCCGGAUUCCGACGAUCGUUCUCUACGAUCGAUCACAUCCACUCGCUCCAAAGACUUCUUGAAGUCGGCAGGGAAUACCAGAUCCCACUGACACUUGUCUUCAUAGAUUUCAAGAAGGCAUUUGACAGUGUUGAACACCAGGCAAUCUGGAAGAGUCUCGACGAGCAAGGUGCAGAUGGAGCCUAUAUUGAUCUACUGAAAGAGUGUUAUAAAAAUUGUACCACAAAUUUUACCCCAUUCCACAGGCCAGUCACAGUACCAGUGACUAAAGGAGUUCGACAAGGAGAUCCCAUCUCUCUGAAUCUCUUCUCCGCUUGCCUCGAACACGUUUUCUGAAAGCUUUCCUGGAUUGAAUUGAAAGGAGAAGCUGAGGAUUACGAUACGAUACCUGGAAUGAGAGUGAAUGGCAGAAAUCUAACGAACCUUAGAUUUGCUGACGAUAUUGUGCUCAUCGCCAAUCAUCCGAAUACUGCCAGCAAAAUGCUCCAAGAACUCGUACAAAAAUGCUCUGAAGUUGGUCUCGAGAUCAAUACUGGGAAGACGAAAGUCUUGCGAAACCGAUUCGCUGACCCCAGUAAAGUCUACUUCGGUAGCCCUUCCCCCACCACCCAGCUCGACGACGUCGACGAGUACAUCUACCUCGGCCGUCAAAUCAACGCUCACAACAACUUGAUGCCGGAAAUCCACCGAAGACGUCGAGCAGCCUGGGCUGCAUUCAAUGGAAUCAAGAACACCACCGUCUCCAUCACCGACAAGAAGAUUCGUGCGAAUCUGUUCGACUCAAUUGUCCUUCCAGCGCUCACCUACGGUUCAGAAGCCUGGACAUUCACCAAAGCUCUAUCCGAACGAGUAAGAAUCACACAUGCCUCCCUAGAAAGACGGCUUGUUGGGAUAACACUCACCCAACAACGAGAGCGAGAUCUCCAUCGAGAAAACAUUCGUACGAUGUCUCUAGUCAGGGAUCCGCUCAAUUUUGUGAAAAAGAGGAAGCUAGGAUGGGCUGGACACGUUGCGAGAAGGAAAGACGGAAGAUGGACCACGUUGAUGACAGAAUGGCGCCCAUAUGGAUGGAAAAGGCCUGUUGGAAGGCCGCCGAUGCGAUGGACUGAUUCGCUGCGAAAGGAGAUUACCACUCGUGACGCAGACGGAGAAGUCAUCACCCCCUGGUCCGCUAUAGCCAAGGACCGAAAAGAAUGGCUUGCUGUGAUCCGCAGGAAUACCACGAAUUCCUGA